AUGGCUCGUACCAAGCAAACCGCACGUAAGAGUACUGGUGGCAAAGCUCCCAGAAAACAACUCGCCACCAAAGCUGCUCGUAAGUCUGCCCCAGCCACCGGGGGUGUAAAGAAACCACAUCGCUAUAGACCCGGUACCGUCGCUUUGCGUGAAAUCCGUCGUUACCAGAAGAGUACCGAACUUUUGAUCCGCAAGUUGCCUUUCCAACGUCUUGUACGUGAAAUCGCCCAAGACUUCAAAACGGACUUGCGUUUCCAGUCGAGUGCUAUUGGUGCUUUGCAAGAAGUAAGCAUAGGUUUUUUUACGAUGGGUGACGAUCAUCGUCAUCUCCAUCAUCCAUUCCCACCCCCUCAUUCAGACUUAGCCGCAGAGGCUUACUUGGUCUCCUUGUUUGAAGAUACUAAUCUUGCGGCUAUUCAUGCUAAACGAGUCACCAUUCAGCCAAAAGAUAUCCAACUUGCUCGUCGUCUCCGUGGCGAACGUUCUUGA